AUGGCGGCGACGGAGGCGGCGGCGGCUGAGUCUGCGGCUCCGGCCCCGGGGGUCCCGGUCAUGCCGGCGAGCACGCGGGGAGCCGCCGCCGCCUCAAGCCCGUGGGGGCCGUCGGAGUCGCGGCUGCAAGGCAGCCGACCGCGACCGGCUAGGGCUCGGGCCGUGGCCCCGGUGCCACCGGCCCGGGAGCUGAUCCAGCCGUCUGUGAGCGAGCUGUCCCGGGCUGUGCGCACUAAUAUUCUGUGCACUGUGCGCGGCUGCGGCAAGAUCCUGCCCAAUAGUCCUGCGCUCAACAUGCACCUAGUCAAGAGCCACCGACUGCAGGAUGGCAUAGUAAAUCCAACAAUAAGGAAAGAUUUGAAAACUGUGCCAAAAUUCUACUGUUGUCCAAUCAAAGGAUGUCCUCGAGGCCCUGACAGACCGUUUUCUCAGUUCUCUCUGGUUAAACAGCACUUCAUGAAAAUGCAUGCAGAGAAGAAGCAUAAAUGCAGUAAAUGCAGUAAUUCCUAUGGCACCGAGUGGGACCUGAAAAGACACGAGGAGGAUUGUGGCAAGACCUUCCAGUGUACAUGCGGCUGUCCCUACGCCAGCAGAACCGCACUGCAGUCUCACAUCUACCGAACUGGCCACGAGAUCCCCGCAGAGCACAGAGACCCACCCAGUAAAAAGAGGAAAAUGGAAAGCUACAUGCAAAGCCAAAAGUUGUCCAGUAAAACCAUUGAACCACUGAAUGACCAACCAGCCCCUCAGCAGGGCACUCAUGAACUAGAAACUUCGGAAGUAAAGCUGGCAGCAGCAUUUGAAGACUCUUGUGGCUCCCACACCAAAAAGCAGAGCAUCCCAGCGCCUCCCAGGUGCCCCCAGAAGUUGCUUUUACCAAAGCCCAAGGUGGCUCUGGUUAAACUUCCAGUCAUGCAGUUUUCCCCCGUACCUGUCUUGGUGCCUGCAGCCGAGUCCUCGGCCCAGCCUGUGGUGUUUGGUGUGGAUCAUGGUUCCACUGCAGGUGCUGUACACUUUGUACCCUUGUCGGUAGGAACCCUGAUCCUCAGCCUGGAUCCGGAGGCCUGCUCUCUGAAGGAGAGCCUACCUCUCUCAAAAAUUAUCAGUCCUAUCGUUGAGCCAGUCAGUACCGGUGUUCAAGUGAACGUGGGUAAAGAUCCGUGUAGUCCUUUACAAGAACUAGGGAGCGCAUGUCCGAAGAACAGCAUCUCCUCAAUCAAUGUGCAGACGGAUCUGUCCUACGCCUCACCCAACUUUAUACCUUCUGCUCAGUGGCUUGGCCCUGAUUCCUCCGUGUCAUCCUGUUCUCAAACUGACCUGUCAUUUGAUUCUCAAGUGUCCCUUCCUGUUAGUGUUCACACCCAGACGUUGGUGCCCAGCUCGAAAGUCACUUCAUCCAUAGCUGCUCAGACAGAUGCGUUUAUAGACACCUGUUUCCAGCCAGGUGGGAUCUCACGGGAAACCCAAACCAGCAGGAUGCAAACCCCCACAGAUGACCCGGUGCAGGUGGGCCACACUGGCCUCUGCGGGGACAUUUUUGGAAGUGUCCAUCCAUCAUAUAGUGUCCCCACCGACAACAUCAUGAGUAGCAGUUUAGUUGCAGAGACAGUGACUCAUGGCCUAUUACCUCAGAAUGACCCUAAGAUAUUAAGCCAAGUCAUUGAAAAGUCUGCUCCCAUGUUAAACUUCAGUUCCCAGAACAGCAUGAUUCCUUCACAGAACAUGACAGAUAAUCAGACCCAAACCAUAGAUCUGUUGAGUGACUUAGAAAACAUCUUGUCAAGUAAUCUACCUGGUCAGGCGCUGGAUAACCGGAGUCUUUUGUCAGACACGAACCCCGGGCCUGAUGCCCAGCUACCAUCAAGCUCAGCCCAAAAUUCUGGGAUCGAUUUUGAUAUUGAAGAGUUCCUCUCGGCCUCAAAUAUCCAGACUCAGACUGAAGAGAGUGACCUCAGCACCGUGAGCACUGAACCGGUCUUAGAGUCCCUGGACAUCGAGACGCAGACUGACUUCUUCCUCACAGACCCCUCCACACAGCCCUACGGGUUCAGGGGAGGCUCAAGCUUCUUAGGCUUGGAGAUGUUUGACACACAGACCCAGACAGACUUGAACUUCUUCUUAGAUAGUAGCCCUCACCUGCCCCUAGGCAGCAUCCUGAAACACUCGAGCUUCUCCAUGAGCACUGACUCUUCUGACACAGAGACCCAAACAGAAGGAGCCUCCCCAGCUCGACACACGCCUGCCCUGGAGGGCAAGGUCCAGUUGAGCAGCACAGAGACACAGACCAUGAGCUCUGGCCUGGAGCCCCUGGGGAACUUGUUCCUCACCAGCAAUGAAACUCAGACAGCAAUGGACGACUUCCUUCUGGCCGACCUGGCCUGGAAUACGAUGGAAUCCCAGUUCAGCUCUGUGGAAACCCAGACGUGCGCAGAGCUACAUGCUGUCUCCAGCUUCUGAAGGUGCAGCCAGGCACCCGCCCUGUUCCUUGUGGGUUUAGAACAUGAGGACAGGGGAUGUGGUCUGUGGGGCAGCUGUUUAGAUUCUCUAUGGUCCUUGGCGUUUUGUACUCGUGAACACAAGAUUGGUGUACAAAUGUGAGUGUAUUAUAAAGUAAGGUGUUGAUCUAAAAAGUUUCAAUGUCGCCUGCGUUUGCUCCUGUUUAGGUUUUCUAUCUUUAAAACAAAGCAUUUCACACUGUAAAACUUGGAACCAUUUAGCUGAAGCCAAGCUUACCAGGUAGUAGGGCACAAGCUUCACAAUUGCUUUAACUGAGGGUAGCAUAUUUAAAGGGCACCUCCAACGCUCAGACAGCGCUUGUGAGCUGACUCCUGAGCUGACUCCUGAGCUGCCACCCCCAUGCCUUGUCACAUCCCUUCCGACUUGGAAACACCAAGGGAAGCCACAGCUGUCAUUAGCUUUUAUGACCAUUUUUUUACGCAGUGUCUGCUGUCCUGAACCGUGACUGCUGCCAGCAUCGUGUGCCAUCCUUUUCCUGCUGUGGGGUUACUGGCCAGUGCGAGCAUGGCGAGUACUUAGUGUAAAUCGUAGUUUUAGUAGGAGCAAGGCAUCCAAACUGGAGAUGUGCAUAGUGGAGUCCUGCCAUUUUGCUCAGCUCGGGCUCAUCCUGCUUCGUGGAAAAGCUCUCCUCUGCUCUCUUGAUAGUGUUGGUCAAGAAGACCUCAGUGACCAAACGUGGGAUUGCCACAUGCCAGCAGGCAGCCAGCUGUGAGCACAUAGUAGCUAGAUGUUAAGUCACUUCUAUCUGGAGCCCAGGACCCCAGAGCUUCUAACUUUCUAUAAAUUGGGGUUCCUGUGACUCUGCACUCUUUGGGCUCAGUUAACUUAGUAGAGAGCUUGCAGAACUCAGGGAUACCGUUAUUGCAAAGGGUACAGUGGGUGGGAAAGGGGCACAGGACUGUAAUGCCCUCUGUAGGCACAGCACCUACCACAAAUCUGUAUGUUUAGCUUUGUAAAACCCCUCCAAACCCAGGCUUCUAGGGCUAAUGGCCACUUCGUUGUGUGGGUAGAGUUGCUUAAAUCAUUGCCAUUAGUGACCAGCUUAACCUUGAAUGCCACCCUUCCCAUUGGAUUGGGAGGUAGGGAUAAAGCUGAAAACAUCCCAACCUUUCAGUCAUGAAUUAUGCCUGGGUCUCUCCUGUGACUUGUUCCCAUCUUCAUGCUACCUGGAGGCUACCAGCUAUCAGUGACCUCAGAGCAAGAAAGAGAAAAACAUUUCUCUUGAAUAUUUUGGGGUUUGGAAAAGUUGUGUGCAAAUACAUACUUCACAUAAUUACAACCACAAACGCCCUGUUCCACAGUAGACUGCGGGGGCUACCCAACUGUUUUCCCAUAAUAUACCCACAGAACCUCUAAGAAUUAAGAAGGAAAGAAUGGGAUGAGGAAAAGUAUUUCUGCCCAGCCCCCUCUUAAUACUCUGCACUUGUGAUCUUGAUAGAAGGAGCAUGGCCUACAAAGUCUUUCCUUCCGUCUAGCCCCUUCUUUUCCUUGAAGGAAGCACUUUGGUCUGGCAAGCAUAUUAUGUGUGCCUUGAGACUAGCAAUUAUAGACUAGAUCCAUCUAAAGUAUGUGAGUCUAGCUUCUGUUAUGAUACAUUCUUUAAAGAGAAAAAGCUGGAGAAUAGUUGCUUCAGUGCUUAAGAAUAAUUUCUGUGUUCUGAGGGGAGAGUGGUCAAGCAUGCCUUGGGGGUUCUCUGUGCUAAAUAGGUCAUGGAUUCAUAGUUGGCCCACUCUGAGGCAAAUCAGAAUGAGCACAGCCUGGGGACCCUUCCAGGCUACCCUGGAAAACCCUGUUUGUUGUUUUUGGUGUGUUUUUUUUUUGUUUUGUUUUGUUUUGUUUUGUCUCCUCCCUACCCCCCAUGGUAUAUGCUUGUGCUGCCAAAAGCUGAAUCCUCAGAAUAAAACCUAAGGGGACUAAUGAUUCAUUAAGUAAAUUGGUGGUAUUGCUGCUGUCAUGUCCCAUUCAUCCGAUGCAGAGGACUUGGUAAUGGGCUAAUAACACACCCAGCAGAUGAACACAACCCAGGAGCUAAACAGUGAUUUUGGUCACAAUUGCCUGUGAAUGUGAGUUGCAGAACAGACAUAAAGCCUUAACUUAGAUUUUCUGUUAUGUUUUGGAAUCGUCACUGCCUUAAUGUUCAAGCAUCUAUUUAAGCCCUUCAGCUGAAGGAGAAAUGCAUGUCUGCCUGUGGCUUUUUGUAAAUAUAAGCGCAGCAAUCUAUGGCUUUAAGUUUUUGUUUUUGUGGCAAUGUCUCUUAAUAGUUACAGGGGAAAAAAUGGAGCAUGUAAUUGUCCUUUAUGUGCAAGAACUGUCCCCACAAAACCAUAGUCACCUGAAUUCUCCUGAGGUUGUUUGUAAACACAAAAUCAGUGAUUAAAAAGAAGCUAGAAAUCUA